AUGUUUUACACAAUCGAUCAUGACAAAUCCGGUGUAAUUGAUUGUGACGAACUACGAGAUUAUUUACGAAGCAACAAUUUCGAUGACUUUUUCAUCUCGCGGUUCUUACGCGCGUUCGAUGCGGAUCGUGAUGGAAAAAUCACAUUUGAAGAAUUUCGUCGGGCAUUACACAAAGUACCUCACGUGCAAAAAACAUACACAACCUGGCAUCACAUUUUACACAAAGUGGACAAGGACAAGAAUGGUUAUAUCACCAUGGACGAGUUGUAUGAACUGCUACAAGAGAACGGAGAUUCGAACGGAAUCAGCGUGAAACAACUGCAAUCAUUUGUUCGUGAAUAUGAUCGGGAUGGAGACGGGAAGUUGAACUAUCACGAAUUUUUAGACUACAUUUUGGACACCCCCCAGGAUGCAAACAAAUCGGCCUCAGUCUCAGCAUCGAAAACAUCAUCGGAGUGUGAGAAUAGAACAAAGAAACGCUAA